AUGAAAUUAUGCAAAAUUAUUCAAUUUUUAUUGUCAAUUUUUGGUUUCUGCAAUGUGGCUGUAAGCUUUUUUGUCUUACCAGGAAACGAUAGUAUACGUUUUCAACGAAGAAAACGUUGGAAUAAAGAUGAUAUUGAAAAUGCUCAAGAAUUAUUGCGUGGAUUUCUUCGUUUAACAGCUGAUAUACCACUUACACCAAAACGUCGCUCCAAUUUUGCAAUUGCCAAUAAAGGACAUAUAAAUUAUAAAGUGAUAGAUCGAACGGAAUAUGCGAUAAAUAAACGAAUUCUUAAUGACGUCUUUGAAACGGAUCUCGUCUUAACAACACCUCAAAUGAGAGAUAUUAUUAGCGAUUUUCAACGAAAUAAGAUAGGAAAAAUACGACGAAAUAAACGGAAGGUGAUUGUUGGUGAUACAUUUCGAUGGCCACAUCAUACCGUCCCAUAUUUUCUAAAAGAAACAAAUCGUGAAUGGAGACGUACAAUACUUGAUGGAAUGAGCAAAUGGGAACGUGAAACGUGUAUACGUUUUAAAGAGCGUACCGAUGAAAAAGAUUACGUAUAUAUAUUUCGAGGUGCUGGAUGUUAUUCGAGUGUCGGUAGAAUUGGUGGGAAACAAUAUACUUCUAUUGGUUACGGUUGUGAAAGUGGUGGUAUUGUUGCACAUGAGCUCGGACAUGCGCUUGGAUUUUGGCAUGAGCAAAGUCGACCGGAUCGUGAUAUAUAUAUAAAUAUCAAUGAAGAACAUAUAUUUCCGGGUACCAAAGGAAAUUUUGAAAAAAGAAAUGACAUUGCAGCUAUUGAUGUACCGUACGAUUUUGGUUCUGUGAUGCAUUAUGGUCCACAGGCAUUUACAAAUGAUUAUCACUAUGUAACAAUUGAAACAAAAGAUCAUCGCUUCCAGCAUACAAUUGGUCAAAGGAAUGACCUUUCAUUUAUUGAUAUUAAAGAAGCCAAUCAAAUGUAUUGUAGUGAUAAAUGUAAAAUGAAACUGAACUGUUUAAAUGGUGGUUAUGAAGAUCCACGAAAUUGCGCCAUUUGCAAAUGUCCAACAGGAAGUGCUGGUAUACGUUGUGAAAGUAUACCUCGAUCCACCAUGGGUUGUGGUGGUGAAUUGUUAGCUGGUGAUAAAUGGCUUACAUUAAAAAAUAGCAUCGUUGGAAGUUGCUUUUGGCGAAUAACUGCACCUUAUGGAAAAGUACAUUUAGAAGUAUUAGAUGCAACAUAUGUUUGUGAUUCAUCAUGUGCUGAUAAUUAUUUAGAGAUAAAGCGUGGAGCAAUACUGGAACAAACUGGAUUUAGGCAAUGUUGCAAUGCUGUACCAGGUGAUAUCAUUUCGGUAACUAAUCAAAUUUACAUCAUAUCUGUUGCAUUAAAAGCACCAGCUAAUUUUACACUUCGCUAUAUUCAAGAUACUACAUCAAAUCCAUUACCUAAAGCACCACCAGCACAAUGGAAAGGAUAUGGUGGAAUAACGGGAUUAAUUGGAGCUGAAAAUGGUAUUGAUAAUACCUGGGAACGUGUUAUUCUCAAAGAGCUUCCAAGAACUCUUCAAACAUUUGGUCGACCAACUAGCAAUUUAUUUUCUGAUAUUUCACGUAUUUUGCAAAUAUUUUUUAAUCCAAGAUGA